AUUUUCAGAUUUCGCAUGUACGCAUUUCUUUGAAAAGUCCAGUUUGAAUUUUGAUGGCCGAUAAGAUUACACAUAUAACAGUUGCAUUGGGACGAUUAGAACAACAAUACGUAGAGCAUAAAGAAAAGUUCGAAAAAUGGAAAUUGAACAAUAUAGCACAGUGCGGUACGGAAACAUACAACAAAUAUGUGGAGGAGUUCAAUGAAUGGGAGAAAGGUGUCAAAGAACAGCAAAGACAACUGAUUGAGGAGCGUAAUAGUUUGAUCGCACCGCAAGAUUUAGAUACUACAUUAGAUGGUUUGUUGGCUCAGAUUUCACCGAAGGAUUUUAUUCUUGCCGUUGUGAUGAUGACCAGCAAAGAUCCUACGUUUUUCCCUGCAUUACUUUCUGCUCUACAGAAAGUUCAAGCAUAUGACGAAGCACGGCAAGCAAGUAUAUAUCAGGCAUAUGCAGCAUCAGCAGCGUCUUAUGCACCAGCAACGAAUCGUCAAUAUCCCUCUCAAAUUCAGUAUUCCAGUAUCAAAACAUUGCGAACCUCGAAUCCAUCUCAUCCAUAUGGUGCGAUGCGAUCUGAUGUCUUAAUCGACGUAACCAAGCGGUCAUAUGAUCGACUACUUGGAGCCACUAAGGGCGAUGAACUUAGUGCACGCAAAAGUUAUCGAGCUCCCUCACCAGUUCGUGAUUAUCGAAAUCCCUCAACAUUACCUUUCCGCGAUUUUAGUCAAACGUAGUAGUUAUUAGAAAAUGUUAUUAUCCACUUUAUUUAGUGCAUAUGGUGAUGAGAUCAAAUAUUAUGAUUAAAUGCCAAAUGAAAAAAGCCAGGAAAGAGUUUCAUGCUCAUAUGUUUGCAAAUUAAGUUGUGUGAUUGUAGUUUUUUUUGCUUGGUUUUUUCAUUUUUCAUACUAUAUUAUUCAUUGGUUGUAUUCUUAAAGUCUUUAUUUGACAACAGAUUGUGUUUUUGAACUCUUUACCUGUCCACCAGUUAUUUUAUAUAUAAAAUUAAAGCAUAUAUGUGAUAUUUUCUGUUUGAUCAAUAAUGUUCUUAUGUAAUAUACAUAUAUCGUAAUAUACAUGCAACCUUCUAACGUAAUAUAUAUGCA